AUGGGCUGGGCCAUGAGGGUCUGCCUCAUAGGGCUGACCCUAUUGUCACUCGUUUGUUCGUCACUCUCUGUAUAUCUGGACGCGCUUUCUCCUUCCAAGACCGCGUCGCUGCAGGCUCGUGCGACAAAGCCGUUUACCCUACGAAUCAUGCCCCUAGGGGCAUCGAUUACCACUGGACUCAAAUCAUCUGACAAGAAUGGGUACCGCAUUUCUCUUCGCCAGCAGCUGCGCUACGCUGGAUGGGAGGUCAACAUGGUGGGCAGUCUGUCCUCUGGUACCAUGCACGACAACGAAAAUGAAGGUCAUAGUGGCUAUCGAAUUGAAGAGGUUGCAAGGAUGGCCGAGAGGACCAUUCCUCAACAGCCGAAUCUCAUCCUCAUCAAUGCUGGCACAAAUGAUGCCACUCAGCCGUUUCAUCCCGAUACGGCCGGCGAGCGGAUGAACGCCAUGCUCACACGAUUAUUCGAUGCCAUCCCUGGAACAACUAUCGUCCUGUCCACCCUCCUGCCCAAUAAGUGGGCUCCGGAGAACGCUGCCUUGAUCAGCGCGCAGAUUCGCCAAAUUGUAGCCGACCGCCGCGAGCAGGGGCAGCGAAUUGUCCUGGCGGAAAUGAGUGACUUCAUCACGCUAGACGAAUUGCAGGAUGGUACCCACCCAACAGAUCACGGAUACUUCAAAAUGUCCUCUGUUUGGUGGGCCGCUAUUCAGGUAGCUGAGAAGGAAGGCAUGCUCCAGCCGCCCAAAGAUAUCGGGGUCGAUGACAAGAGCUCAACAACUUGCGAGAAAAAAUAUGGUAGUGGCAAUGACCGCGGCCGAGUCCAAACACAGCGUGGAAGUGGGUAUGAUGACGGAGACUAUGUCCAUAGCAGUCAGCCCAUGGGGUAUCUGACGUCGGUUACUACCACCGGCGAAGGGGAUGCUCACCCUGGUCUUAACUAUGCCCAGCUGGUCAACAAGUGGGGUGCCCACCGUGAAGGUGCCCUGGAUGAGCUUGUCUGGACCAGAGAUGGUCUUGGCACUUGGAUGUACAUCAACAACAACAAUGGGGAAUUUGGCGCCGGCGUUAAGAUUGAUGUCAAAGACAACUGUCUUGCGCGAGGUGUGCGCUGGGGCGACGUGAAUGGUGACGGUUACGACGACUUCAUCUGCAUCAGUCGCGAAGGUGCCAUGUAUGUUUCGAUCAAUGAGGGCGGCAACCCUCCUACCUUCCGGUCUAUCGGCCUGGUGAGAGCUGCCCCCGGUGGCGAUCUGAACCAGGCCAAUGUGCGACUGGGGGAUAUCGAUGGCGACGGACGAAUUGACUACUGUCUAGCCAAGGGCAACGGUGACAUUCAAUGCUGGAGAAAUGGCGGCCAAAAGGAUGCACCGACUGCCGAGUAUCAGGGAUACUGGCAGGACCUUGGGACCGUGUUCACUGGUAAAGGAAUGGGUGACCUCAGGGGCGUUCGCUUUGUCGAUAUCAAUGGCGACUUCCGCAGUGACUGGCUGUGGGUCAGUGACACAGGAGAGGUCACGACCUAUAUCAACAACCGGGGCACUGGUAAGAGUCUGAAGCCCGAGUGGCGAGCUGCUGGCGUCACGCAUCCAGGAAUGGGCAAGAAGGGUACCAGAGACCGUGUCAAGUUUGGAAGAGUCUAUGCCCACGGUGGUGCCGAUUAUGUUGUCAUCGAAACGAAGAAGGACGGAAAGAACUACAAGCAUAACACGCACGCCUUCAAGAAUACCGGGCAUGGCGGUACUCAGCUGAAGGCGGACGGAGAUCACUAUUGUGACAUGCGAGGAACUGGUGCAGACGACUAUGUCUGGAUUUCUCCCGAGGGUCGCGGAUUCCUUUACGGAAAUAUCCACGAUCCGCCUGUCUGGAUCCCAGAAGGCAUCGAAAUUUUCAACGUUAAUAAGGAUCGGAAAGGCCUACACCUGGCUGACUUUGACGGUGACGGGAAGUGCGAUCUUUGGUCUGUCAAUCGGGACACUGGAGAGGCUGAAGUCUGGUUGAACAAGUGGAGCGAGAGUGUACAGAAUGCCUUCUUCACACACCAGGGUAUAGUCACCGGCAGCGCAAAAUGCAACGAGGGCUGGGGUGUUGGCCUUUAUGACCUUGGACUGCGCUUUGCUGAUAUCGAUGGGGAUGGGCGUGCCGAUUACCUUUGCAUGGAGCCGAAUGGUCGUACAGAUGGCUGGCUCAAUAAGGGGGUCGGCAAAUUCGAGAGUGUCAACCAGGUCAAGCACAGCGAGGGCUAUGACCGUGCAAAUCAUCGGUGGGCGGAUGUCAAUGGUGACGGGAGAGCCGACUUCCUAUGGGUUGACAAGUUCAACGGCGACACUACUGUCUGGGUUAAUAAUGGCAAAAUACCUACCUCUGGUUCUAGCUUCAACUGGAAAAAGCUCGAGGGCCCACGAUACCAAGGCUCUGACCGCGGCGUACGUACACCCACGCAUGACAGAAGGAAUGACACUCUGGACCCUAAGCUGGUUCCGUAUGAUCCUCCGAAGCAGCCUACACCAAGUGGAAACCCGAGCAUUCCGACGCAAACACCUGAAAUCCCUAGCAACGGGCUUCCAGAAGAUUACUACAAAAACUGGCCUCUUCAUGACGAUGAUGUUGCCGAUGAUAUCUGCGGCAAUUUGGGUUACCUGGAGAAAUCUCACUGGCAACAGUAUGAUAUUGGUAACUGGCUGGUAAUUACGUCUGCCUGGUAUCAAAAGCUAACUCUCGACAAUGGAAAUGACUUCGAAUGGGAUCGAAGCGUGCCUGUAACAUUUGCACGUUACAAUGGCACAGAUCGGGAGAGCGAUGCUUAUAUCUGGGACUGUAAUAAUGUUGACAAUACCUGCAGCGCUCAAAACCUUGGCGAUUAUGACAAGUGCAAAGACACUCGCUUCUAUCGUGCAGCCGUCCUAUAUGCCGCGCAGAAUCUGGCAAGAUACCUUGAAAUAGUCAAGAGCAGAAUGAACACUGCUUGGGAAAAGAUGGACUGGAAGAGCGCCAAAAUGAUCGAUACAUAUUCUAAAGCCGGCCAGAACGACAACAUAUUCCCGGACACCAGUGCCCUUACUGUAGCCGCGGCAAUUGCAGGAGGUCUCUCCGUUUUUAUGAUGCCUCAGUUCUGGGGAGUAGCCGGUGGAGCUCUGGGGGUUUCAUCUCAGGUCGUAGGGUUCCUCCAGAUGUCUAACGCAGAGACAAAAUUCAACACCUAUGCCGAGAUGACCGACAAAGCCGCGGAUAUCUAUGGAGCCUCGGAGGGCGCAGUUGAUACGCUGUUCAACAAUCUCUUCACCAAGGUACCUCCUAGAGAUGCAAACUGGAUCAAUGCCCCGAAUACGCUCUCUCUUCCGCGAUUUUUGCAGACUGGGGACUUCGUCGACUCCCGGUCCGUCGAAUCGGAUAACCCCUUGGUGCCUUCGGCGGAUAGUCUGGUCCCUCUGAUUGCAGCUCCAAUGGUCAAACUCCUCUGGGAAGAGCAAAAAGUCUGGGUGCUAAAGCUCGGCAACGACUUCUUCAAAUCCCCGAAAAAGGGUGGUUAUCACCCCUGCGACGGUGCUGGCGAAAUGGAGGAAGUCUAUGAUAAGUAUAGCAAUUGGACGCAAAACAAGUUUUGUAAUCCUGAUGGAACAGCCUUCUUUGUUUUUUCCGGCACAACUACGACUCCCUAUGGUCUCGACAAACUGGAGGAAGAAUUUGGCUUCACCGGGCACGACAUCGCCAAGUCCUCCGAGCUAAUUCAGAACCACUACGGCAAGUAUCGUCCGGAAAUCAGCUCCGACGAUUACUUCUCCUGGGUGCCGCCCACCAAUAGCGGCGGCGAUGUUGCUCUGUGGGAGUUGAUGCGGUGGAACUUCCCAGUUUGUGACACAACAAAGCUAGAACCGAGGGAUGUGUGGCAAUGUGAUUCGGUUUGGCAAGAAUUUACCCAGGUAGGUUUGAAUGGCUGUACUGCUUAUGAACUUCGCUGA